GGGCGUGGGGAAGUGUGCCCAGGGGCUGCCACCCGCCUGGGCCAAUGCUAGCGGUGCAGCCACCGGCGCGCUCGCGAGGCGCCCGGAGCACCAGUCCGCUGCUUGGUGUCGAUGAUCUGCAGGCCAGGCUAGCUCUCUCGGGGCCCAGGCUAGCUCUCUCAGAUGCCAGAGGGGCCCGUACGAGCCAGCCAAGGAAGCUGAGAGCCCAGGAGCCAAGCUGCUGCACUCACGGGCGCCGGGCUGGGUAAAGGACAGCUUCUGAGUGCUGGAGAACCGAGAGCUCGUGGAAAGCAAGGCCAAGCAAACAGCAUUCUCAUUAUUUUCUCAGCAUGGAGGUCACUCAAGCCCAAGUCCCAGUCAUCAACUUCCAUCCAGUGAACAUCAGCCAGGACACGUUGAAAAUCACAGAAGACUUAGGGCCAGGUGGCUCAUGUUCAAGUAUCCACUCCAAGGACUUUAACUCUCUAAGCCUCGAUUUGCACUUCUUUAAGUGAGGGAGGACAGUAUCCUCAACUCCCACGAUGGUUAGGGAGACCAAGGGGACAACAGAUGUCCCAGUAGGUUCUUGGUCCCUGGAGCCCACUGAGGUGAGAGGAAAAUCUCUGGGCUACUUGGUUCUAAACUGACUGAAAAGCAGCCAUGGAGAUGGCAUCUGAGCAACUGAAUGGGAGCCAGAUCUGGAUGCCUUCCCCGUUUGACAUCAAUGGGUCACUGCGACCAAGCAAUGAUUCCAACCAGACAGAGCCAUAUUACGACAUGACAAGCAACGCGGUCCUCACGUUCAUCUACUUCGUGGUAUGCGUUGUCGGACUGUGCGGCAACACACUCGUCAUUUACGUCAUCCUCCGCUAUGCCAAGAUGAAAACCAUCACCAAUAUUUACAUCCUCAACUUGGCCAUUGCAGACGAACUCUUCAUGCUGGGGCUGCCCUUCUUGGCCAUGCAGGUGGCACUGGUCCACUGGCCUUUCGGCAAGGCCAUCUGCCGGGUGGUCAUGACUGUAGACGGCAUCAAUCAGUUCACCAGUAUCUUCUGCUUGACAGUCAUGAGUAUUGACCGUUACCUAGCUGUGGUCCACCCUAUCAAGUCAGCCAAGUGGAGGCGACCCCGGACAGCCAAGAUGAUCAAUGUGGCUGUGUGGGGCAUCUCUCUGCUGGUCAUUUUGCCCAUCAUGAUAUAUGCUGGCCUCCGGAGCAACCAGUGGGGGAAGAGCAGCUGUACCAUCAAUUGGCCAGGUGAAUCUGGGGCGUGGUACACAGGGUUCAUUAUCUAUGCCUUCAUCCUGGGGUUCCUGGUACCCCUCACCAUCAUUUGUCUUUGCUACCUGUUUAUCAUCAUCAAGGUGAAGUCCUCUGGAAUCCGAGUGGGAUCGUCCAAGAGGAAAAAGUCAGAGAAAAAGGUCACCCGAAUGGUGUCCAUCGUGGUGGCUGUCUUCAUCUUCUGCUGGCUCCCUUUCUACAUCUUCAAUGUCUCGUCUGUGUCCGUGGCCAUCAGUCCCACCCCGGCCUUGAAAGGCAUGUUUGACUUUGUGGUGAUCCUCACCUACGCCAACAGCUGCGCCAACCCCAUCCUCUACGCCUUCUUAUCUGACAACUUCAAGAAGAGCUUCCAGAACGUUCUCUGCUUGGUCAAGGUGAGUGGUACGGAUGAUGGGGAGCGGAGCGACAGUAAGCAGGACAAAUCCCGGCUGAAUGAGACCACAGAGACCCAGAGGACCCUCCUCAACGGAGACCUCCAAACCAGUAUCUGAGAUACCUGGAAACACAGCACGCGCACGUGCGUGCACGCGCACACACACAUACAAGCCAAGCCUGCCUCCUGGCAGUGUGCUUCCCCUCACCUGCUUCCAGCCUCCCCACCCAUCAGAGCUGGCUUCUAGAACAGACUGUUCUACAGGAGCCCAGUUCAGAGGACAGGAUCUGAAGCUGCUUGUCUGAGAGUUUAUCCCACUGAUUAUGUCUCCCUUAAAGUGAACAUUUUCGUGCAGGCAGACAAUUCAAAGUCUGGAGAAGAGGACAUCGUUGCCUGGGUGUGAUGUUGAGGAAAGCAGCCGCUGGGGAGAAAUCGGAAAAAACAAAAAACAAAAAAAAAAACCCUAAACUAAACCAAAACCCUGUGUAUGUGUGCUUAUACACUACGUAAUCUUGUGAUCUGAUAUUUACAUUUGUGUAUUCCUACCUAGUCUCUUCGGAGCCAGUACAUACAUGCCUUGUGUUUGUAAACUGAAGUAGCUAGUUCGUGCGUGCUAGUGUAGGUGAACGUUUACCAAAACACUGAACCUGAAGAAAUGAACCUGCCAUGACAAGCCAACCAAGUCUAAACUUCCGGCAUCUCUCUCACGUGGGCCUUUUCCAGACCCAGGAGGAGCAUGAGCGGUAUGUUCAUAUGAUAAUAUGUUUUUGUAAAAAAAGAAAAGGAAAAAAUGGUGAAAGUAAGGUAUUUUUGUAUUCUCCUUCCUGGAGGGUUCCUAAGCUAUAGAAGCUUCUCGCCUCACAGGCGCUGCCUCUGAACCUGGACAGUUGUUUUGUCCAUUUCACACACGUUAGUCAGAGUAAGAAGAGAGAGAAAACAUACUGUGAGAGUCAGAAUAUAAACACGAGUUUGCCUCUCAGAUUCAAUCAGUUACUCAUUUACCCGAAAGGACUGCAAGGGUUGUGGUCAUCGAGCACUGUGUGUAUCAAGACAAAGCAUGCUUUGUUAUCAGAUCGGAUGUUUCUCUCCUCAAAUUGCUUUAGUUUUACUUAGAGAGACAUUGGGGAAGGGGUGGGAUCAGUGACCUGAAAGGCAAAAUACAGACUAUGAUGCUUGUGGGUAAACAAUUUGCUCCCCAAAACACACACACACACACACACACACACACACACACACACACACACACACAAAUAAAUAAUAAUGAGAAGAAGAAAAAUGAAGUAGAAUUAUAACUUUAAAGAGAAACAAUGGAAAUUGUUUUGUUUUUGAUGCCAGAUAAGACUUCUUAAUGAAAGAAAACAGAAAUGUAAUUUGACAGCUCCUCAAGGGUGUUUUGGGGUUUUGUUGUCCUUGGUUUUGGGGGAGGUUGUUCUUUCUUCCUGUCUAUGUUUAUGUGGUAUACAUUGUGUAUUUAUGCCUGUGUCUCUGUGUGUGCACAUGUACAUAUGUGCGUGUAUGUGUAUGUAUGGUGUGCACGUGCAUGGGUGUGCAUGUAUGUGCCUGUGUGUGUGUAGGUUAGAAGUUGACUUUGCUGUCUCUUUCCACCAUGUUCUACUUUAUUUACUAGGCAGGGUCUCUUGUUGAACGUGAAGCUUUCCAGUCAAGCGAGUCAGCUUGCCUAGAGGAUUCCACUUCUACCCCAGGAGCACUGUUGUUACGAAUGUGCUGCCAUGCCUAGACAACCUUUACGUGAGCCCUGGUAUCCAGAUUCAGGCCCUCACAUGUGUGUUACCCAAAUGAGCCAUCUCCCCAGCUCUCAAAGGAGUUUUUAUGUAUUGAUUAUUAGUGGGGAGGGGGCGUGCUUGUCAUGGCACAUGUGUGGAUGUCAAUGGACAACUUUGGGGAGCCCGUUCUUGCCUUCCACCUUUAUGUGGGUUAUGGGGACCAAACUCACGUCACCAGGCUUGCCCAGCAAGCACCUUCACCUAUGAAGUCAUCUCCCUAGCUCUCUAAGAUGUUUUUUGGAGAACUUUAUACAAAGCCGGAAAGUCACAAUACUGAAGACUCGGGAACAGGGCUUAGAUGAAACAUUCAAUCAAGACCAGCUAACGGAGUAUAUAGGUGUGUGCAGGGCAAAGGCUGGGAGCCCCAUCCUUCACAGGGAUGGCUGUGUGGCCUCCUUCCUCAGUGGCGCAUGCGUGGAGUGCCAUACAUGUCAUGAUAUGGCCUCUCCAAGCUGCUCCUCACACUACCAGUGGUGUUUGUUUGUUUCCAGCUGUAGAUGGGUUUGAGUACAAAUGACAAGGAAAGACUCCGCCCGCAUCCCCUCGGUGGUCAUGGCUCUAGGAUCUGAAGAAAAUACAAAUGCAGGCGUGUGGGAGAUGCUGCUCACGCUGGGGUCCAGAAGCAUCAUUUUAGCCUCCCACCUGUAGACUUUAACUGGAUUUUAAAAUGUGCUUUCUUCUUCUCGCUCCCUCAGCAAGGACUCUUCAGUGGUCAGAAUGGCUGACUGUCCUACUUCUGGUCACCCUACCUUCUCAGGCUACAUCACUCAUCCCCAAAACUACUUAGUGUGGCUUAGGAAGAUACAUUCAGUAGGCCUUGUGAUAGGCAAAUAAAUCCACCCAAAAAUAAAAGUACAAUCAUAAAACAAGACUGCAGGGGCAGUUGUCGCAAAAAGAUAAACAUAUGCAGAAAAAUCCCAGACUGUUAGCAAAGGCAAAGUUAGCUAGGAGUUCAGCUUUGGGCUGGUCUUGGCAACCACAACAAACAGUGAGUCAGUCCUUCUUUUUCGCUUUAAUACAAGUGGUGAAAAAUCGGAAAGAAACACUAUAGAUAGAAUGUUAUCAUUACAAUUGGAGAUAUGUGUCUUGAAUAAAGGCCCUGUUUUCUUUUUUUCACUUAGGGAAAUCUCUCUAAGAAACCCAGAACUGAUGACAAUUAUUUCAGGAAGAUAGGUCUGAGUGACUCUAUAGUGUUCAUGUCCCCAUACUUGAGAAAUUGUCUCCAACAAGGCUUUGAUCCUAAGCAGCCACCAAUGACCUCCAGAUGGGGUGUCUAAGCAGUGUCUGUGGGUACUUGGCAACAGGAUGGUCAUUUGGGCAGGAAGAAAGGGACCUUAACAUACAUGGUACAGGUUGGGAGGUGGAUCAGUCAGGAAAACACUUGCCUCAUAAGUUUGAGGACCUGAGUUCAGUCACGAGCAGUGCUGUGUGCUUGCAAUCCCAGCAAUGGCAGGAGGCGGGUGGAGAGAGAUGGACCUCUGGAAGCACAUAAACCAGCUAGCCUGGCCUACACAGUGAAGGUCCGGGCCAACGAGACCCUGUCUCAAACAAAAAGUAGUGUGCCUAGGGAUCAACACCCAAGGCUGUCCUCAGACGCACACACACACACCCUGCCAACCCAUGUGCGUUCAUACACAUGAACACACACAAUAUACACCCACACCACAUACCACACACACAUACACAUACCACACACACAUACAUAUAAUACACACAUACACAUACACACACACCACAUACCACACACACAUACACACAACAUACACAACACAUACCACACACACACACAACACACAUACCACACAUACAUACACACAACACACACAUACACAUACCACAGACACAUACACACAACACACACAUACACAUAAACACACACACCCAACACACAUACCCACACACAAAAAAAACCACACACACAUACAUACAUACAACACACAUACCACACAUACAUACACACAAGCACACAUACAAGAUUGAUGCUUAAUUCCAUACAGAUAAGCAGUCAGGUUUCAUGAUAGGGAAAUUUAUGUUUCACCUGUUAAAGCACCUAUAUUUAUAUUUUAAUUAAAAUUUUAAAAUAUAUUAUUUUAUAUGUAUGAGUGUUUUGCUUGCAUGUGUGUCUGUGUACCAUGUGUAUGCCUCAUGCCUGUGGAAGCCAGAAUAGGGCACUGGAUUCCUGGGGACUGCAGUUACAAAUGGUUGUAACCAUGUGGCUCCCAGGAAUCAAACCUGGGUCCUCUAUAAGAACAACCAGUGAUGUUAACCCCUGAGCCAUUUCUCCAGCCCUGAAGCAUCUUUUUUUUUUUUUUUUUCGAGACAGGAUUUCUCUGUGUAGUUUUGGUGUCUGUCCUGGAUCUCGCUCUGUAGACCAGGCUGGCCUCGAACUCACAGAUUCGCCUGGCUCUGCCUUCCGAGUGCUGGGAUUAAAGGCAUGUGCCACCACCGCCCGGCGCAUCUUAUUUAAAGAUGACUUGUUCUCUGGAUUUCUUUUAUCCAAAAGAGGAACGAAAAAUAACACAAUUUUGGUUCACAAAGUCCCUCUUAGCUUCAACUCAACAUCAUGAAGACAAAUCCUCUGGAUGCUGGGGAUGGGACAAUAAGAAGGAAUACACUGGGGCCAGAAAGAUAGCUCAGCAGUUACAAGCACUUGCUACUCUUGCAGAAUACCCUUUUGGUUCCUAGGACCCACGCUGGGCAGCUCACAAUCACCCUGGACCCCAGCUCCAUGGAUCUGAUGCCCUCUUCUGGCUUCUGUGGACACCUGCAUGCAGGUGCGCACACACACACACACACACACACACACACACACACACACACACGAACAUAAUUUAAAGUCAAAUAAACCUUUUUUUUUUUUUUAAAUUAAUGCCUCAGAUUGACUUUGUGAUCCCAAUGGUCAGAUGGGUUUUGCAAACUGCUCCUGGUCUCCCAUUAGCAGGGGUUGCUCAGGGCAGAUUAAACCUACGGAGACUUAGCAGGAGACGCACUGGGCAACACCAUGGCACUGGGGUGCUAAAUGACCUGAGGUUUGGUUCCAGGACCAGACAGCUGAGUAAUUCUGGCCGUGGAGUUGCAUUCUGUGUGAGGUUUGUGCCUUAACUUAGAACUCUCUCUGAUAUUGUGAAGAGGACAGUGGAGGGUGACGUGACAGGCGGAGGGGACAAUGUGGACUGGCGGACAGGAGCCUGUUGGCUCACACGGAUCUGACCGCUCCACAGCAGAGCUCAAGGGCUGCUUGAUGAAGCUUCUGGCCCCAGCUUCCCUAGAGGUGGUCUGUAUGAACACCGGGGUGUGUGGGAAGACGAUGGCAGUUGAGAUGCAUGCCCACUCCCCAAGCAGCUCCAAUGGUGACCCUUCAAUGAAGGAAAGUCACAAUCGAUGAAAGUCAAGCUUUUGGGUCUUAUUGAGGAAAUACAGCAGGAGGAUUCAAGCGGCUGGGGUGCGGUUGGAAAGUAAUUAGGGUUUCUGAAGUGUGCAUCCUCUCAGGGAUAACAAGUACUGACGGGCCCAGCAGUUGAGCUCAUAAGUAAUGACUUAGAAUCGAUCACUUGUCUCAUCCACAUUUUUGCCAGCUUCCAAACACCGAAUUCCCCAGCAAAUGCUCUAUCAAAGCAAAUCUUCACUUAAGAGUUUGUUUUCCCUCUGUGAAUAAAUUCCUGAAAACAAUUCCAUUGGCGGAGUCUCUCUCUCUCUCUCUCUCUCUCUCUCUCUCUCUCUUUCAAGACAGGGUUUCUCUGUGUAACAGCUCUAACUGUCCUGAAACUCACUUUGUAGACCAAGCUGGCCUUGAACUCACAGAGAUCCAUCUGCCUCCUGAGUGCUGGGAUUAAAGAUGUGUACUACCACCACCCUG